CGCGUUUGGAACGGAAACCUUCGGGUUGCCACUUUUAGAUUUUUCCUCGUGUACAAACAUAAAAGCUGAAGUCCUCCAUAGGGCGCCGACGGAGUAGAAGCGAGAGCUCCUCCGAUUCUCCCAUAUAUCUCAUCCCAAGAUUGCCUUUGAUUUGCUCGAUAUGGCCACCGCAACGAGUCAAGGUGUUCAAAUCUUGGGGCCGAUGAAGCCCGAGUUUGCCGAGAUCUUGUCGGUCCCAGCGCAGGAGUUUGUAGCGACGCUCCAUAGAGCAUUCAACGCCCGCCGAAAGGAGCUGUUGCAGAAACGUCUGGAGAGACAAGAGGAGUUGGACGCUGGGCGAUUCCCGGAUUUCCUGCCGGAAACCAAAUGGAUUCGUGAUGAUGCGUUGUGGAAGGCCGCCCCACCAGCUCCUGGGCUGGUAGACCGCCGCAUAGAAAUCACCGGUCCCGUCGACCGGAAGAUGGUCAUCAACGCCCUGAACUCGGGCGCGAUGACCUACAUGGCUGAUUUUGAAGAUUCCAACGCACCGACGUGGGAGAACAAUCUUUCUGGUCAAGUGAACCUGCGCGAUGCCGUGCGGAGGACUAUCAUCUAUACGGCUCCCAAUGGGAAGUUGUAUCAGCUGCGAGAGGAGGGGACUGCUACGCUUCUCGUCAGACCUCGCGGAUGGCAUAUGGAGGAGAAGCAUCUCUUGAUUGAUGGAGAGCCGGCUUCGGGCUCGAUCUUUGACUUUGGGCUUCAUUUCUUCCAUAACGCAGCGGAGCUGGUCAAGCGUGGCGCUGGGCCUUACUUCUACCUUCCCAAACUGGAGUCGCAUCUCGAGGCGAGAUUAUGGAACGACAUCUUCAACCACGCCCAGGACCUCCUCAGCAUCCCCCGCGGCACGAUCCGCGGCACAGUCCUCAUCGAAACCAUCACCGCCGCCUUCGAAAUGGACGAAAUCAUCUACGAGCUCCGCACCCAUUCCUCCGGUCUCAACUGCGGCCGGUGGGACUACAUCUUUUCCUUCAUCAAGCGUUUCCGCAACCACCCGCAGUUUGUUCUCCCCAACCGGAGCGAUAUCACCAUGACCACGCCGUUCAUGGACGCUUAUGUCCGGCUGCUUAUCAAGACGUGUCAUAGACGGGGUGUGCAUGCUAUGGGCGGGAUGGCGGCAUUCAUUCCAAUCAAGGACGACGAAGUGAAGAAUGAGGCGGCGAUGGCGAAGGUUUCGGCGGAUAAGUUGAGGGAGGUGCUGGCGGGGCAUGAUGGGACGUGGGUGGCACAUCCGGGGCUGGUGAAGCUCGCGAGGGAUAUUUUCGACAAGCAUAUGCCGCAGGCUAAUCAGCUUCAUGUCACGAGGGAUGAUGUGAAUGUUGCCGCUCCCGACCUUAUCUCGACGCAGGGCGUUACCGGGACCAUCACGGACGCAGGUGUGCGCAUGAACGUCGAUGUGGCUUUGCGGUACAUGGAGGCCUGGCUUCGAGGGUACGGAUGUGUUCCCAUCCAUCACCUAAUGGAGGAUGCGGCCACGGCUGAGAUAUCCCGCUCGCAGUUGUGGCAAUGGGUACGACACCGGGCACGGACGGCGGAAGGUCGGGAGAUUAAUCCUGAGUACAUAAACAAAGUGCUGGACGAGGAGUUUGAGAGGAUCAGGGGAGAGUUGGGCCCGGAGAGAUCUCCAAAGUCGAAGUUCGAGCUGGCGAGGAAGCAUCUGGCUGGAACGAUUCAGGGGCAGGACUAUGCAGAAUUUCUUACGGCUCUCUGCUAUGACUCUAUCUUGACAUUGGUUCCCGUCUAAGACAUUGUACCCGCAAAGCCCACUGCCCAAAGGACCGGUGCUGAUUGCAUUUCCUUUCAUUCAUUUAUCUCAGCGCGCUCUUAGGUAGACAGCUAAAGAUAUUUAUCUCAGCGCGCUCUUAGGUAGACAGCUAAAAAUAU